CCUCUUUGUCCUCUCCGCGUCUCUCUCUCUCUCUCUCUGAAACUAUUCUAGCAUUUCUCUCCGAAUUCCACAACUCUCCUUUCUUCGGAUCGAUGGCAGCUGUUGCAGGGUCUUCUCUAUCCGUUGUUUCUCGAUCUAGAUCCUUCCAUCAGAACCGUCAGGCGACACCUGUAAUGUCUACUCUGAAAUUGGUCUCACUUCCCACUCAGAGGAGGAGCUUUCCUUCAGUCCGUUUGCAGCCAGUUCCACUUCGCUAUCGGGUUUCUUGUGCUGCCAAGCCAGAGACUGUGGAUAAGGUUUGUGAAAUAGUGAGGAAACAGUUGGCACUACCAGCUGACUCUGCUGUCACAGGGGAAUCCAAGUUUUCUCACCUUGGUGCCGAUUCACUUGAUACGGUGGAGAUUGUAAUGGGACUUGAGGAGGCAUUUGGGAUCAGCGUAGAAGAAGAUAGCGCCCAGAGUAUCACAACAGUGCAGGACGCCGCAGAUCUGAUCGAGAAGCUUGUUGAAAAGAAUGAUGGUUAAAAGAAGUAGAUCUGUGGGGGAAAGUUUCGAGGGCUUUUGGUGCUUAUUCCAUUCCUUUGGUGUAUCCUCUGCGUUGUUAUACUGAACCUACUGCAUCCUACAAUGGACAAACUGCUUAGGUUUUCCCAUGCACGGUUUCCUUACAUUUCUAGAAUCCAGAAUGCUUUAUA